CUACGCUAGUCAAGUUGCCGACCGUGUACGAGUAAACUAUAACUGUUAAAUAAUCAUUAUUAUAAUACGAUAUUGAUCAAUAAAAUCUUUAUUCGUCUGAUAAAUAAUUAUCGUUAUUAAUACCAAUUAAAAUCGUAUAAUCUACGAUCGAUUUAUUAUGUCGGUAAAGUGUGCGCGGCGGGCACGGUAGGUUAGUUGACCGCGGGGCCGAGCGAGCGCUGAGCUGACAGUAGGCCGGCGACGUCACAGUGGGCCGGUUGAGCCUUCCUUCGUUCGAUUCAGGCAGGCUCUUCUAUUCGUUUUACAUGUAGCAAGCAGGGUCGCGGGGUGCAGUUCAGACAUGGGAAGUGAGCAUUACUGCCUGAGGUGGAACAAUCAUCAGAGCAACUUGCUGGGUGUGUUCAGUCAACUGCUGGAGUCGGAGUCGCUGGUGGACGUGACACUGGCGUGCACGGAGGGACCAUCGAUACGCGCCCACAAGGUAGUCCUCUCCGCGUGCUCCAGCUACUUCCAGGCCCUGUUCCUCGACCAUCCGAACCGUCACCCCAUCGUCAUCCUAAAGGACGUACGUUUCGCCGAGUUACGUACCCUCGUCGACUUCAUGUACAAGGGCGAGGUAAACGUCGAGUACUGCCAGCUCUCGGCGCUUCUCAAGACAGCGGAGAGCCUCAAGGUGAAAGGUCUAGCGGACAUGACGAACAUCAACGCUGCCGUAGCUUCGCGAGAGGAUCAACAGACGCAACAAACGCAACAGCAGCAACAGCAACAGCAACAACAACAACAACAACAACAGCAGCAACAGCAACAACAAUCGCAACAACAAUCGCAACAGGCUCAGCAGCAACAAUCGCAGCAACACGAUCGAAGCUCGGAGUGUUUGCAACGGGAAUCCUCGCGAGAGCAACAUCAUCGGGAACGUGAAAGUAUAAAGGAUAGCGUUGGCAGUAGCGUUGGGAAGUCGAACGACAGAGAGAGAGCCGAGGGAAACGUUUCAGGCGUCGCGACGGCUGCCUCGGCCGGCGCGACGACGUCCAGCCAAGGCACGAAAGAUUCUGCCGAUCAACAACAGCAUCAGCAGCAGCAACAACAACAGCAACAACAACAACAGCAGCAGCAGCAACAGCAACAGCAGCAACAGCAACCGCAACAACAGCAGCAGCAAUUGCAAACGCAAGCGCAGCAGCAGCAACAGCAGCAACAGCAACAACAGCCGAAUCAUCCGCAGGGUACGACGAGCGAUUCGGGCGAGGCCGUCGACAUGACGGAUUGUCCGGGCUCGCCAACGGGCCCAGGUAGUCCCUGUCCUGGUCCCUUGGCUCUCGAUCGACCAAGAAGGGAUUCCGAGGAUGCUGCUAGCCUCGAAGAGACUAGAGGCUCCCUCAGUCCGAUAUCGGUACACAGUGGUCCAUCCGACAUGAGCCUGAGCAAUAACACCGCCGGUACACCUGGUGUCUUACCUUUGAACUUACCGCAGAGCCGACUUCCGUCCCCGCACAGUACCGAACCACUCGCAGGGCCAUCAGGCCUACCCCCUGUUCAACAAGUUCCGCUUUCGUUGAAAAAGGAAAUGGACUGGGAAAGAUCGACCGAGGAACGGAGCGUCAGCAGUGAAAUAUCCACGGACUACAGACUCCCGCCAGAUCCGGUAUCUUUGGCGUUGGGCCUCGAAGCGGGUGGUUGGGGUGCACUCGUCGAAAGAUCGAGCGGACAUCAUCAUCAUCAUCAUCACGGUGGUGGAAGCGGUACGGGAGGUGGUGGUUCAUCAUUGAUCGGUCAUGGAAGUUUCGCAAGUUUAGCAGGUUUGGCACGACGUUGCGGUGUCUGUUUGGCUACCUUCCCGUCGGCCUGGUUGCUCGAACGUCACGCUUUGCUCCAACACGCCGGUCAAUCGAACGACGACAAGCCGUUUACGUGCGAGCAGUGCGGUCAACGUUAUCGUUACCGUUCGGCUUACGUUAAACACCGCGAACAAAAUCAUCGGGCACGUUUGCCCGCGGACAAGCUCUUCACCUGCGACGUAUGCGGCAUGCAAUUCAGGUAUCUUAAAUCGUUCAAGAAGCAUAGACUGAAUCACGCGUUGGAAAGAUUGCAACGUGCACCGAGCGAGACCCACAACGUAUCGGUUCUGACGUCGCCGGUUGCCGAAAGGAGCGAUCAGGUAUCAAGUACGGGUGAGCCAAGUCAAAUCGAAACGGGUAGCGACUCAACGACCAAUCCGGGUGACGUCGAAGAGUCAAGGGGUAUAUUUUCGGAAAAUGCGAGAGGGGAAGAGAGCGUUUCGGAAACGGCAAGUAUCCAAGAUAAUCCAGGUGAGGCGAUCGAAGCGAUACAAAUGACGGAUACCUUGAUUAACGAGACUAAUACGACCGCUAAGUCCGCUAUGAUGAUGAUGACGGGUACUACGACUACGACCGCUACGACGACUGCUACGACGACUACGACAGCUACGACGACGAUCGGUACGACGAUUACGAGAACUAUGACAUCGUCUACGACUGCGACGAUGAUGACGUCAGGUUGUAGAAGCAACAUUCCCGGUAUGAUAUCACCGUCGGUGACCGGAAGCGAAAUCGGCCUGCACAACAUUGGCACAGGUAACACGACGAUGGACGUUGUCGCGGAUCCUGAUGAAUCUGUCUUAGACGAUGGCGAACGUGGCGAAGCGCAGGAUGCUACUAUGAUAACAUUGGCACGUACCGGGCACGAGGCCGAUCGACGCGAACGACGUUUCGCGUGUCCAUUUUGUGGUAAAUGCGUUAGAUCGAAGGAAAAUUUAAAAUUACACGUGCGCAAGCACACCGGCGAACGGCCUUUCGUUUGUCUAUUUUGCGGACGUGCAUUUGGCGGUAAAAGCGAUCUAACAAGGCACCUACGGAUACACACUGGCGAAAGGCCGUAUCAUUGCGAAAUGUGCGGGAAAUGUUUCGCGCGUGCCGAUUAUCUUUCCAAACACUUAACCACUCAUAUACAUCAGCGUUAAAAAUCGUCCCCUCUCGAUCUUCUUCGAUCAAAUCGAAUCCCUUCUAACUUCGAGGGAUUUUUUCCUUCCGCCAUUCUUCAUCCACUCCAUCCCUUCCCUUCCUACCUUUUACGCACGCGAGCGUGUCUAUAUAUAUUCGAGAUAAGAACGAAGAAGAAGAAGAAGAAGAAGAAGAAGAAGAAGAAGAUGGGGAAACGAAAAUGGAUAGACGUAUCUUUUAAUUGUGCGACGAACGAGAAAAGAAAAUAAGAGGAGUAUAUAUCGUUUAUUCGAUGAAUAUUAAAACGCGUUAAUUAAACGAGAUGAGAGACACGCUAAAAGAACGAGAAAAAAACAAAAGGAAACGUUUAGAAAAAAGGAAGGAAUAUGGGGGGAGGGGAGUGGAAGGGGAAAUGGGGGAAGGGAAGAUUUGAUUUUUACAAUAAGCUAAAUGAGACUAUAUCUUGUGAUAAGGAUUCGAUACCAAAGAAUAAUAAUGAAUGCAACGAGUUUACGGGCGAUAGUCGCGAUAAACGUUCUCAAUCCUCUUUUAUUGUUAUUUUUUCUCUUUCUCUUUCUUUUUCUUUCUUUUUUUUUUUUUGUUAUCUCUUGUUUUCUCUUGUUUUAUAUUUCGUCGUCUUUCUCAGUCUUCGAACUCCAUCAUAAAAGCAUGAUAUAUAUAUAUAUAUAUAUACAUAUAUAUAUAUCAUAUUUAUACGUAUAUAUAUUUAUUUAUAACACUUAUAUUAUAAUAAUUAAUCUCGUCUAUCGUAUAUAUGUAUAUAUUUGAACGAGAUCUAUGCAAUCUCGAUUAAGUCGCUCAAUCGCUUAGCCUCCGAUUUAUUUUAUUUUAUUUUAUUUUAUUUUAUUUUUCCUUUUUGUUUUUUCUUUUCUUUUAUUCUUAUCUCUUCACACUCUUUAACCUAUUCAAGGAUUAUUUACUAAUCGUUUAAUUUAAUAAUUGUUUAAUACGUAAAUUAUUUUCUAUUUUCAUUGGAAAAUAGAUAGAUAGAUAGAUAGAUAAAUAGAUAGAAAGAAAGAAAGAAAGAAAGAAAGAAAAAAAAAAAAAGAAACAUAAAAGAAAUAAAAGUAUCCGCCAAAAUCUCCAAACGACAACGAAAAUAAAAGAUAAUGUUUGGUAAUGUUAGGUCGACAAAAAGGGAAAAAAAAGAAAAAGGAAAAAGGAAAAAAAAAGACAAAGAGGGAGAGAAGAAUCGAAAUAAAUAAUUUUUUGUUGUCGUUAUCUCGAAAAAUGUCAUCCCUGAGGAGGUUAAUGGUACUAAUGUUUUUUUUUCUUUGCUUUUUUUUUUUUUUUAUAUAUAUUCUAAUUCACUCGUGAUAUAUCGUACAAAAGAUGGAAAAAGGUGCCAAAUAAGAAAAAAAAAAAAUCCCCCGCUCCUGAAAUAAAAAGAAGAAGAAGAAGAAGAAGAAAGAAGAACAAAACGAAAGAAUACAAAGGACGAACUUUUCUCUGAUCAAGGAAAGUUCCUCGUCGUUCUUUUCUUUUUUUCGUUCAUAUUUUUUACUACUAACUCGACGAUCAUUAGAAAAAAAAAAAGAAAAAAAAAGAAGAAGAAGGAAAGGAAGAAAAAAGAAAAGAAGAAGAGGAAGAGGUAAAAGGAUAGAUAGAAAAAGAAAAGAAAAGAAAAGAAAAGAAAGGGGAAAAUAAUGUCAACAGCAUCAACAUCAGCAAUAACAACAACAACAGCAACAACAACAACAACAACAACUGCAACAGCAACAACAACGAAUAGACUCGUCUGACAUCGACUGGAUGAAUGAAUAUCACUUAUGUGUUAAUCGUUGACGCAUUUAGCGAAAGAUAAAAUGAAACUUGAUAAUAUCUUCUUCCAUGGAAACGCAUUGCCGGUGCCUUCGAGAAUAAUCCCUUUUACUUAAAUCAUCCUCCCUUUACAAAAACUCCUUACUCUGCGAAUCCUUUAAAUGCGUAUAGUAAUAAAGAAGAAGAAGAAAAAAAAGUAAUGGAAGAAGAAGUGGAAGAAGAUGAAGGAAGAGAAGAAGUAGGAUAAAUGAAAGAAAAGGAUAAGAAGAUAAAAGAAAAAAGAAGAAGAAGAAGAAGAAGAAGAGGAAGAAAAAAAUAAAAGGAUUUAGAUUGAUCGUUCGUUUUCAACUAUUCGAUUCUUCCAACGAUCUACGCUUUAAUUGAUCCUUCAUACUUCUUGGUUUUUUUUUUCCUUUCGUAUAUACUUACAUUAUGCGUUAUUAUUCGAACGAGGAGAAAGAAGAAGAAGAAGAAGAAGAAGAAGAAGAAGAAGAUGAUAAUAAAAAAUGAAGAUGAAAAACAGAUAUACACACCCACAAAAAGAGAGAGAGAGAGAGAGAGAGAGAGAGAGAGAUACGCGCGUUAUCGCGUGUUAUACAAGAAUGAAGAGAGUGCCGGUUCAUUCUCAAGGGUACCGGCCCGUUUUCGUAAGGAUAAAUUAUCUCAUAUUAAUUAAAUGCAAUGAAAAAAAAAGAAAAAA